AUGUCCUCCAAGUCUCCCGUCCUCACAUCCAAAGCCCCAAAGCCGCUCCCGGGCAUCUACAGCCAGGCCAUCAAGGCAGGCGACUUUGUGUUCGUCUCCGGCGCGGUGCCCAUGGACCCCGUCACGAUGGAGAUUAUCAAGGGCGAUAUCCAGGACCACACACACCAAUGCAUAAAAAACCUAGGCGCAAUCCUCGAGGAGGCAGGCUCAAGCCUUGACAAGGUCGUCAAGGUCAACGUCUUUCUCUCAAAUAUGAACGACUUUGCAAAGAUGAACGAGGUCUACAAGAUGUACUGGGGAGACAUUAAGCCCUGUCGGACUUGCGUUGCUGUCAAGACACUGCCGCUGAAUGUCGAUGUCGAGAUCGAGUGCACUGCGCUGCUUUAG